AUGAGGGUCCUCCUGGUGCUCGCAGCCCUCGUGGGAGCCGCGGGCGCCGAGCGGCGAUUCCGGGGGGACCAGGUCCUGCGGAUCACGGCCCGGGAUGAGGAGCAGCUGGCCCUGCUGAAGGUGCUGGGAGAGCAGGACGAGCUCCAGGUGGAUUUCUGGCGUCACCCCUCCCUCCCCCACCACCCCACCGACCUGAGGGUGCCCUUCCCCAGCCUGCAGGCAGUCAAAGGCUUCCUGGAGUCCCACAGCUUCUCCUACAGCGUCAUGAUUGAGGACGUGCAGGAGUUACUGGAUGAGGAGAGGGAAGCCAUGGUAAGGACCAGGAGGGUCAAGAGAAGCUCCAGGACGUUUGAUUUCGGCUCUUACCACACCCUGGACGAGAUCUACUCCUGGAUGGACACGCUGGUGGAGGAUCAUCCUGGGCUCGUCAGCAAGAUCCAGAUCGGCCAGAGCUACGAGGGCAGAGCCCUCUUCGUGCUCAAGUUCAGCACCGGGGGCUCUGCCCGGCCGGCCGCCUGGGUGGACACCGGCAUCCACGCCCGGGAGUGGGUCACCCAGGCCACCGGCGUCUGGACGGCCAACAAGAUCGCCGAGGCCUACGGGCAGGACCCCUCGCUCACGGCCAUCCUGGACACCAUGGACAUCUUCCUGGAGAUCGUGGCCAACCCCGACGGCUUCGCCUACACCCACAGCGCUAACCGCCUGUGGCGCAAGACCAGGUCCCUCAACGCCGGGUCCCCCUGCGUGGGCGUCGACCCCAACAGGAACUGGGCCGUGGGGUUUGGAGGUGCCGGCUCCAGCGGCGAUCCCUGCUCCGACACCUUCCACGGCCCCUUCCCGCACUCCGAGAGGGAGGUCAAGGCCAUCGUGGACUUCAUCCGUGGCCACGGGAACGUCAGGUCCGUCAUCUCCAUCCACAGCUACUCCCAGAUGCUGCUUUUCCCCUACGGAUACACCACGGUGCCCUCGCCCGACCACCAGGAGUUGAACGAGCUGGCCAAGAAGGCCGCGAGCGCCUUGGCCGCCGUGUACGGCACCAAAUACACCUUCGGCAGCAUCGCCAGCACCAUCUACCCGGCCGGAGGCACCACUGUGGACUGGGCCUACGAGCUGGGGGUGAAAUAUUCCUUCAGCCUGGAGCUGCGGGACACGGGGCAGCACGGCUUCCUCCUGCCCUCCAGCCAAAUCCUGCCCACGGCCACUGAGACCUGGCCUGCCCUGCUGGCCAUCCUGGGACACGGCCUGGAGCGGCCCCGCUGA